AAAAGGAGGAGACCCCCCCCCUCCGUCUCUCUCGCGGCGGACACCGGCAGAGCAGUGGUCUCUGAGGGGCGCUGGGGAAAGGGGCGAUGUGCCCGGAGGAGGACGGUGGUUGUGGUGGUGGUGGAGGAGGAGUGGUGGUGGUCUCGGCGGCUGCUACUGCUGCUUCUGCCGCUUCAGCAGCUGCGAGCGGAGAUCCGGAGGGGACGUCCGCGGCAGCGACCGGUCUCUUGAGCGAGCUGCGCUCUUGGUGGGAAGUGCCGGCCAUCGCUCACUUCUGCUCCCUCUUUAGGACCGCUUUCCGACUGCCCGACUUCGAGAUCGAGGAACUUGAAGCAGCUCUUUACAGUGAUGAUGUGGAGUUCAUCAGUGAUCUGAUUGCCUGUCUUCUUCAGGGUUGUUACCAGCGCAGUGAUAUUACGUCUCAGACAUUUCAUGGCUACCUGGAGGACAUCAUCAACUAUCGCUGGGAACUGGAGGAAGGGAAGCCCAAUCCCUUACGAGAAUCUACUUUCCAAGAGCUACCUUUGCGUACUCGUGUGGAGAUCCUGCACCGCCUUUGUGAUUACCGACUUGAUGCUGAUGAUGUCUUUGACCUACUCAAGGGUUUGGAUGCAGAUAGCCUUCGGGUCGAACCGCUGGGUGAGGAUGGCAACGGUGCACUCUACUGGUAUUUCUAUGGCACUCGUAUGUACAAAGAGGAACCCAUGAAACCAAAUGGAGAAAUGCCUUCAGACAGGGGAUGUGGGAUACAGACAAGCACUCAAAACAUUCCUGGAAAAAUAGUAAAAAGACGAGGGCGACCUCCAAAACGAAAGAAACUACUGGAGGAGAAUCUCUUAAGAGAGAAGGCAGAAGAAAACGCACUUGUGUGUGAGUCACAGAUGAGAAAUGGUCUUCAAGGACCAGGUCAUGGAACAUGGUGGCUGCUAUGUCAGACAGAAGAGGAGUGGAGGCAGGUCACAGAGAGCUUCCGAGAGAGAACAUCUUUAAGAGAGAGGCAGCUUUACAAGCUCCUGAGUGAAGAUUUCCUGCCAGAGAUCUGCAACAUGAUUGCACAAAAGGAGAAACGUCUGCAGCGAAUGGAGUUUUCUCCUAGGUGGAUGUCUGAUCGUCAGCACAUAAAGCCAAUUAGGCAAGAGGUGACCCCUGUGGCGCUCAGCAGAAUGGAGAAGCAGAGACGGCGGGAAGAGGAGGAGGAACGUCAAAUCCUUCUGGCAGUUCAGAAGAAGGAGCAAGAACAAAUGUUGAAGGAGGAAAGGAAACGAGAAAUGGAGGAGAAAGUCAAGGCAGUGGAAGAACGAGCCAAGAGAAGGAAGCUCCGAGAAGAGCGGGCAUGGCUGCUUGCCCAGGGAAAGGAACUUCCCCCAGAGCUUUCUCAUUUGGAUCCCAGUUCACCUGCUAGGGAGGAGAGGAAGACCAAGGACCUUUUUGAAUUGGAUGAUGAGUUCACUGCCAUGUACAAAGUUCUCGAUGUAGUGAAGGCUCACAAAGACUCCUGGCCAUUCCUGGAGCCAGUUGAUGAAUCCUAUGCCCCAAAUUACUACCAAAUUGUUAAGGCUCCCAUGGAUAUAUCUAGCAUGGAGAAGAAGCUAAAUGGAGGCCAAUACUACACCAAGGAGGAAUUUGUGGGUGACAUGAAGACCAUGUUCAGAAACUGCCUUAAAUACAAUGGUGAAAAUAGUGAAUACACUAAAAUGGCUUAUAACUUAGAAAGAUGCUUCCACCGGGCAAUGAUGAAGCACUUCCCUGGAGAAGAUGGGGACACAGAUGAUGAGUUCUGGAUCAGAGAAGAUGGGAAGCGAGAGAAAAGAAGCCGUCGGACUAUACGUUCCAGCACAGGGAAUGUUUGGACUCGAUCCAGAGACUCUGAAGGACCUGGCAAGAGACAACAGCAUGUGCAAAACGGAGGAAAACUUCCACCUCACAAGGCGAAACAUAGAGUACCUACUUCUUCCUCUUCUUCCUUCUCUGCCGAGGGUCCAAGUAGCAGUUCUAUUCAUCCCUCUGGAGAAGUGGCCUCUUACAAUGGCCGAGGCUUCCUGAGCUCACACAGCUAUGGUGGAAUGCCCAGCCGUGUAUCCCAUCCAGGGCAGAUGAGACCAGCAGUGCCAGGACCAUUUGGCUCUCUGCAUGGGUCUGAUCCAGCAAAACCAUAUGGGUCACCACGAGUACCAGAACCACACCCUGGUGAGCCAGGUCAGCAGCAUCAGCACUUUGUCAUGCAGCCUACAGUUGGAUUGAAUGAUCCUAGAGGACAUCGGCUUCCUGUUCCAGAGAAGCAGGUAUGUGCAGGACCAAUGCACGUCUCCGCAAUAGGACCACAGCCUGGAUCCCUUCAACUUGGUCGGAUGACAGGUCCUCCCUCAGAUGCCAGUAUGUAUUCCCCUGCACAAUUUCAGCAAGGAUUCCCUUCUCCAAGGCACAAUGGACCCCCUACAAGAAAAUCAGAGACCUCAGAGGUUCCCCCUGGACAUGUUUACAGGCCCUAUAAGUACCUAAACCGUGCACAUCCUGCUGUGUGGAAUGGAAGCCAUGAUACAGUAAACCAGAUGACCUUGGGAGUAGACAAGCGACCCUCAAUGGGUCCACCUCGUGCUUUGAGCCACAUGAUGGACCCUCAGGUACUGAGACCACCUUUGCCACCUACCGGUAAUCAGUGGACUGAGCAAUCCAAUUUCCUACCUCAUGGAGCCCCACCCUCAGGAUAUAUCCGACAACCUGGAAAAGGCCCUGGUCAGAGAAUGCAGCAGCAGCUACCAGCCUCAUUAUUUGGUCCUCCUACACAAAUGCCAAGAGGAACCCAAGGUGGGGAUUCCAUGAUGGACAGUCCAGAGAUGAUUGCUAUGCAACAGCUGUCCUCCCGGGUAUGCCCACCUGGUGUGCCUUACCACCCCCGUCAACCUCCUCCCCCCCACUUGCCUGGACCAUUUCCACAACUGGCCCAUGUAGCAUCUAUGAACAAUCAACCUCCAAAAACAGUUUUAGGGAAUGGGAACUCUCAGGACACCAGUCAGACAGUUGAUCCAGAGAACAACCAAGUGAACCCUCCACCAGGAGUGGAAGAGAAAGCCCAGUGUAUUGGCCUUCCUGAGGGAACAUACCACAAGCUGCUACCUCAUUCCAAGCUUCCCUUGCAAAUGGAUUGCUCCAGGCAGACCCAGGAAGGGGAGGGUGUUGACUCUGGAACUAAAAAUGAUCCAAAAGCAACACAGAGCAAGAGCACAUGGCCAGCGGAGAGUAACUAUACAAGUCCAGCAGCCCAAGGAUGUGCGCAGGACAUUGUAACAGCAACAGAAAGAGGGCCUGUGCCUGAAAAUGGUACUAUAGGUGAUGGACCAUCCACUGGCACUGAAGGGAAAUCAGUGGUUGCUAAUAUAAUGGAGAAGUCUCGUUGCUCUGGGGGGAAAAAUGUGUUGGAAGCAACUGUGCCUUGCGUGGGACAGAGCACCAAUACUCCUGCUGUCAUGGAUAACAGUCCGGCAGGAGGCACAUCUGGCCAGUUUGCCCCUCUUUACAUGCCCAAUUUGGAGUAUCCAAAUUCAGCAGCACGCUAUCACAUCAAUCCAGGACUGCAGGGAUUUAAUCCUAUGAUGGGAGGGAAACCCCACCCAGUAUCCCAUUCUCAGCAUUUUUCUGCCCGAGGCUUUCAGCCUAGUAACAGUCCCCAUGGGGUUUUCCCUCGUUACCGUUCCCACCAGGGCAUGCCAUACCCUUACCAGCCUCAACCUCCUCCUUCCUAUCACCACUACCAGCAGCCUCCUUACUAUCCUUGUCCACAGGGCUAUUCAGACUGGCAGAGGCCUUUCCCUCCCCAGUCCAGUCCCACUGGUCAUCCACCUGGUCCAUCACCUCUGGCCAGGCCUCCUUUCUCAGACAGAGCGACCAUGGGCAGUGGCAUGCAGGGCUGUGAAGUGCUUACCGCUUCUUUGGCUUCCCCAAACCGAAUGGACAUGGCAAGCACCAAAGAGGUUCCCAGCAGUGGGCAAGAGCUGCCACCCGAGGCUGAUAAAACAGAUGAAUCCCAAGAGAGGUCUGAGAGUCCCAAAGAGUUUCUUGAUUUGGACAACCACAAUGCAGCCACCAAGAGACAGAGAUCAAUUGCAGCAGGAGAAUACCUGUAUAGUUCUCCACCACCCCCCAUGAGUUCUUCUGGGCUUGGGUUUGGUCCUUCUGCUUUCCCACCGCACGGUGUCAUGCUGCAGACAGGGUCACCUUAUGCGCCACGACAUCCCACCGGUCACUUCCAGUCCAGAGCUUAUGGGUCACCUGUGAAUGCUCACUUGGCACAUCUUCCAGCCACCAAUCAAGCCAAUGGUCUUGCACAUGAGGGACCUCUGUACCGCUGCCAGGAAGAGAAUGUGGGGCACUUUCAGGCCUUAAUGAUGGAACAGACAGGACGUGGAGGUGGCAUGGGGGGUCUGUCUCCAGAUAUGUAUAGAACAGCAGGAAUGCACAUGCACCAACCACAAGCCCCGUUUCUAAAGGUGCCUACCACAACACCAGCCCGGGAAGAGCCUCCAGCACAAAAAACACCAGCAUUGCCUCUGGAUCAAAGUUAGUCUAAGGCUGGAAGGAUUUGAUGGAGAUGAGAGCCACAUGAGUGGAUGAGGGCAAAGGGAAAUAUACUUUCUACACUCAUCUUCUUUACCAGAAGCAUCUCUUUCCAAGGUCUGGUGGAAUAGAGCACCUCAUAGGACUGUCGCAAAGACACAGAAGGAGCAACUCGAACUAAUGACAUAUUUCUCACCAGAGACUUAGGUUUCAUUAAGAGUUUGAAGGGGCUCUGUUUGAGGAGCUUGAAACUUUCAUGAACUGCUAAAACUCAGGUAUAUUUUUCAGGGUGAAAGACAGGAGGCUAUGGAAAGUACUUGUAUUAAUAUGUGUGUUUGGAAUGGAAUCCAGUUUACAGAUUUUUUUUUAAUCUGUUGCCUUUUAAAAGAAAAAUAUUUCUGUUGGUGAAUGUAUUGUACAUUUUUAGGACGGGAGUGGUAGGCCUCAAAUGUUGUGGGCAUAGCACUGGGAUUAUCAUAAUAUGUUUACAAUCAUGUCACAUUGAAAUCCUUCAGGAGUGCGUAGAUGCAGGAAAUAAUUGUUUUUUCUGAUUUUUUUUAAUCAACACCACCUAUUGGUUACCUGGGGCUAAGGCAUUGCCUGGCCACAGGUGUUGCUCAGGAGAAAUCAGUGUUCCUCAAUCUUGCCCUUGAAUUAUAUGCACUGCUAGUUCCUGCCACUAUUGGAACUAGGAAACCAGCAAACUGGAAUUUCCAGAAAUUUGGAAAUCUUGUUUAGAAUUGUAGCAGCCUUUUCACAAACAUUUCUGACUGGGAAUAAUAGUUACCCUGUCAUAUACCCAAACUGAGAUUAUGGGAAUAAGAAAAGAGAAUGUUGUUACAUGUAAUGCCAAUGUUUUCAAAGAUCUCUUUAAAGAUGCUAGAACUGGAGACAAAGGCCUGUGAGGAUAUUACAGAAGGGUUUCUUAUGCAGCAUCUGUGAUGCUUUCAAUGACACCUAGAAUAAAAUAAUAUGGCACUCUGAUUUGUCUUAAGUAUGUGGCUCUAGCCAGGCCUGGACACACAUUCAGAGUAUGAACAUUUUCACUAGGCGCUACUAUAUUCUGUUGAUGGAUGCCAUAGGUCUGCCCAUUUGUUUACUUGGAUUGUGCCUGGAGUGAGCUUCAAUGUAUAUCUUAAGUGCUCACUCCCUCGUCUCACUGUGUGUAGAAGUUAGUGACUGAACAGGAAAAAUUCCAUGUUUAUUUGAGCUGCUAUGUGCCCAUGGAAAGCAGAGAAAGGAGCAUGUGAGCCAAAAAUCAAUUUUCAGUCUCAUGACUAGUACAAGUAGCAAGUAAAAAAGGACCACGGCCACAUCUCCAGUGGCAGUUCCAGCUAACCUAAUACAAUUGGAGUACAC